AUGAGUGGGAAAUUGCUAACAAGUGAAAACGUAGGUCCUGCCGGCCUAUGUGCUGCCAUCCAGCUAAAAAAGCUGGCGAACGAAGCUGGAAAUGAAGACUUCCGUGUACUGCUGCUGGAGAAGGCUGGUGAGAUCGGAGACCACAUUGUGUCUGGAAACGUCCUACAGCCCACGGCCAUCAACGAGUUGCUACCGGACUGGCUGGCCGAAGACAACCCGAACCGCUUCGAGCACACCACCCCAGUGACGACAGACAAGAUGCGGUUCCUGACCGAAAAAUACGCCAUCCCCAUCCCGGCGCCUCCGCAGAUGAACAACCAUGGCAACUACAUCCUCUCUCUCAGCCAGUUGUGCAAGUGGCUUGGAGAACGCGCAGAGGAGCUGGGCGUGGAGGUAUACCCCGGAUUCGCCGCUAGCGAGGUUCUCUACAAUGCCGACGGAUCCGUCAAGGGAGUCGCCACAAACGACGUAGGCAUCGGUCGAAACGGUAAACCGAAGGAGUCGUUUGAGAGAGGGAUGGAGUUCCAUGCUCGCGUGACUCUGCUCGGCGAGGGUUGCCACGGCUCCCUGACGAAGAAAGUGAUGAAGAAAUUCGACCUGCGACGGGACUGUCAGCCACAGACAUACGGCAUUGGUAUCAAGGAGGUAUGGGAGGUCCAGCCAGAGAAGUUCCGCAAGGGUGAGGUUACGCACACAAUGGGCUACCCGCUCCCCAGAGACACCUACGGCGGCUCGUUCAUGUACCAUUUCGGUGACAACAUGGUCUCUGUGGGUCUAACCGUCGGGUUGGACUACCCUAACCCCUGGCUAUCGCCCUACAACGAGUUCCAGAAACUAAAGCAGCACCCUCUAUUCCGAAGCGUGCUAGAAGGCGGCCAGUGCAUCGCCUAUGCUGGCCGAGCGCUCAUCGAAGGCGGCUUCCAGUCAAUCCCCAAAUGUGCCUUUCCCGGCGGCGCCCUUAUCGGAGAUAGCGCAGGAUUCAUGAACGUGCCCAAGGUUAAGGGAACUCAUACCUCCAUGCUCUCGGGCAUGCUCGCCGCAAAGGCCACAUACUCUGCCCUAUCUGGCAAUUCGUCAGAUGGCACCAUCUUCCUGUACGAGUACGAAGAUGCUUUGCGCUCCUCGACCAUCUGGUCCGAACUCAAGGAGGUACGCAACAUGCGUCCAUCCUUCAAUACUUCACUGGGAGUCUACGGCGGAAUCAUGUACAGUGGUCUAGAAGCCUAUAUCCUCCGCGGCCGCGUUCCCUGGACACUCAAACACCACAGCACCGAUUCCGCUGCCACCAAACCUGCGAGCGAGUGCAAGAAGAUCGAGUAUCCAAAGCCAGACGGCGAAGUCACCUUCGACAUCCUCACCAGCGUGAGCCGGACAGGCACCAAUCACGAGGAAGACCAGCCCGUCCACCUCCAGGUCGCUGACUGGGAGAAGCACACGGCCGACGCUUGGCCGAAGUGGCAGGGUGUUGAGAACCGCUUCUGCCCUGCUGGCGUGUACGAGUAUAUCGAGGACAAGGACAAGCCACAUGGUGUGCGGUUCCAGAUCAACGCUCAGAACUGUAUCCACUGCAAGACGUGUGAUAUCAAGGUGCCUACCCAGGAUAUCAACUGGCAGACCCCCCAGGGCGGCGAGGGUCCCAAGUACUCCAUCACCUAG